AUGCAGCGGCAGCAGGAACAUAUACAGAAGCAGCAGAAGCAGAUACAGCAGCAGCAGCAACAGCUGCGGCAGCUGCAGACAGAGCUGCAGGAGCGCAUGCAGCAGUCAGAGCAGCAGCAGCAGGAGUUGAGGGCGCAGCAGCAGCAACUGGAGGGGCAGCAGCAGCAGCUGCAGCAGCAACAGCAGCAAAUCAGAUUGCAAGAGAUACAGCUGGAGGAGCAGCAGCAGCAAGCAGCAGAACGAGAUCAGCAGCAGCAGCAGCUGCUGCAGCAAAGCCGCAGCGAGCACCAGCGUAUCUCUGCAUCUGCUGCUGAGGCACGGCAGCAGCUGGAGCAGCAGCAGCAGCAGCUGCAGCAGCAGCUGCAGAAGCAGCAGCAGCAGCUCGAGGAGCAGCAGCAGCAGUUGAAGGAGCAGCAAGAGCAGCGCGCAUCAGAGGCCCAGCAGCAGCAGCAGCAGCAAGCAGAGGCGCAGCAGCAGCGGCUGCUGCUUGAGGAGGAGCUGCAGCAAAUAAGAGCAGCAGCAGCAGAACAGAGCUCCGAGCUGCAGCAGCUGAUGCAGUCGCAGGCACGAGCAGCAGCAGACAUGAAGCGCAUGCAGCAGCAGCGGCAGCAGCUGCAGCAGCAGCUCCAGGAGCUGCGGGAGGAGAAGCAGCAGCAGCAGCAGCAUGCUGCUGCUGCACUUGCUGCCAAAGAGGGAGAACUUGCUGCAGCACAGCAGCAGCUAUCUAUAAAUAAAGACGAGCAGCAGCUGCAGCAGCAGCACCUGCAGCAGCUGCAGCAGAUGAUGAGUGAGGUGCAAGAUGCUCGUGCUGCUGCUGAAGCUGAGCUGGCAGCAGCAAAGCACCGAGAGGAGAGUGCAGAGAGGCAGCAGCAGCAGCAGCAGGAAGAGAAAGAGAAGCAGCAGCAGCAGCAGCUCGAGGAACUGCAGCAGCAGUGUGAAUGGCUGCAAGAGGAGCAGAAGGAGCAGCAGCAGCAGCACGAGACAAAGGAGAAGCUGCUGCAGGAGCAGGUGCAGCAGCUGCAGCAAGAACUGCAGCAGCAGCAGCAGCAAGCAGCAGACCUCGCACGGGAGGCAGAGGAAGCAGCAGCAACAGCAGCAGCACAAGACAAAGAGCUGCAGCAGCUGCAGCAGGCGUAUGAUGAAGCUCUUAUAAAGGCCGAGCUGCUGCAGCAGCAAGGGGAGCAGCUGAAGCAGCAGCUGGAGCUAGCUGAGCAGCAGCAGCAGCUGCAGCAGCAGCAGCAGCAGCAGCAGCAGCAAAGUCUGACGAGAACUGCAGACAUGCAUAAACAAGCAGCAGCAAAUGCAGAACAGAGAAGAGAUGAGCUGUACACUCAGCUGCAGCAGCUGCGGCAGCAGCAGCAGCAGCAGCACAGUGAGCUGCAUAGUCUAGCAGCAGAGAAGCAGCAGCUGCUGCAGCAGGUUGACGAAGCAACACAAGCCCAAGACAGCCUCAGCGCGAAGCUAUCAGCAGCAGAAGCAGCAGCAAGUCUGCUACAGCAGCAGAACAAGCAGCUGGAGGAGCAGCUGCAGCAGCUACCUACACUACAGGAGGCAGCACAGCAGCGGCAGCUGCUGCAGCAGCAGCAGCAGGAGUGGAUCAAGCAGCAGCAGCAGCAGCAGCAGCAACUCCGCUCCGAUAAUGAUAAACUGCAGCAAGACAGCAGAAGCCUGAAAAGACAGCUGCAGCUGCGGGAGCAGCAGAUUGCUUUGCUGCAGCAGCAGAUGCGUGCAGCAGAAGGUGCAGCAGCAGCACGAGAAGAGCAGCAGGAGCAGCAGCGCCUGUCGCAGCAGCUGCAGCUGGAAGAGCUCGAGAGGCAGCAGCAGCAGCAGCAGCAGCAGCAGCAGCAAGUCAACGAACAACUCCGAAAAGAGCAGCAAACAAUCAGAGAGAAAGAAAUGAAUAUCAUAGGCCUUGAAAAAGAGAAGCAGCAGCUGCAGCAGCAGCAGCAGCUGCUGCAGCAGCAACUGCAGCAGCUGCAGCAGCAGCAGGAGGAGUACCUGCAGCAGCUGCAGCAGCAGCAGCAACAGCAGCAGAUGGACAAAACACUCGAGCAGCUUGCUGGAGCAGCAGAGGCGCAGCAGCAGCAGCAGCAGCAGCUGCAGCAGCUGCAGCAAGCAGCAGCUGCAGCAGAGCAGCAGCUAAAAAAGGUGACAAGACAGCGCGACUCUCUCCAGGCUGCGAAGCAGCAGCAGCAGCAGCAGCUGCAGGCUCACGUGGGGCGGCUGCAGCAGCAAGUAGAGCAGCAGCAGCAGCAGCUGCAGGAGCUGAAGCUGGAGCUGCAGCAAAGGGAGCAGCAAUGCGACGAGGUAGAAGGCCAACUGCAGCAGCAGCAGCAGCAGUGGCAGCAGCAGCAGCAGCAGUGGCAGCAGCAGCAGCAAGAAUGGGAGGAAUCGCAGCAGCAGCUGCAGCAGCAGCUGCAGCUUGCUGUUGCAGAGCGCGAGACACUGCAGCAGGAGAAGCAGCUGCUAGAAGCAGCAGAGCAGCAGGCGGAUGGAGCUGUGCUGCAGCAAUCGAGGAUGAUGGACGAGCAGCAGCAGCAGCAGCAGCAGCAACUGCUGCAGCAGCAGAGGCAGCUUAGUGAGCUGCAGCACCAAAUUCGCAUGCAGCAGCUGCAGCAGCAGCAGCAGCAGCGGGAGCUCGCAUACUGGACGGCUCGAGCGGAGACAGCUGAGCAGCAGCUAGCAGCAAAGCGGCAGCAGCUGACGGAGCUGCAGCAGCAGCUGCAGCAGCAGCGGCAGCAGCAUCAGGUGCUGCAGCAGCAGCAGCAGCUCGAGCGGCAGCAGCUUACGGGGGAGCUGCAUGCGAGUCGGCUGCAGCUGGAUGCUGAGACUGUGGCGCAGCAGCAGCUGCUGCUGCUGCAGCAGCAAGCAGCAGCAGCAGCAGAAGAAACAACUCUGCUGCAGGACCGUCUAGCUGAGGAGACAGCCCGUGCUGCUCACUACAGCGCAGAGACAGAGAAGCUGCAGCAGCUGCUGCUGCAGCAGCAGCAAACAGCAGCAACAGCAGCAGCACGUCUUGCUGCAGCAGAAUCCAAGUAUAAUGCGCUGGCUACCUUCCAGCAGCAGCAGCAGCAGCUGCUGCAGGACCAACAGCAGAGGCUGCUGCGCCAACAUCAGCAGCAGCAGCAGCAAGAGCAACAGCAACAGCAGCAGCAGCAGCAGCAGCAGCAGCAGCAGCCAGAAGCAGCAUCUGCUGUUGCUGCAACUCUACGUAACGAAGUGGAGGGGCUGCGGCUGAUGCUGCGGGCGGCGCAGCAGAGCAACGCGGAUGCGCUGCAGCAGCAGCAGCAGCUGCUGCAGCAGCAGCACGAAGAUGCAGCAAAGCUAAAUGAAGCUCUAUCGCAGCUGCAGCAGCAAGAGCUGUCGACCCAAAGAGAACAAAGAAAAACACAGAUGCUGCAGCAGCAGCUGCAGCAGCAGCAGCAAGACAUGCAGCGACUGCAGCAGCUCGUUGCUGAGCUCGAUACGUACACCCGAGACUUGCUGCUGCAGCUGCAGCAGCAGCAGCAGCAGCAGCAGCAGCAGCAGCAGCAGCAGCAAACAUUCUCUAUCAGCCAGAGGGGGGCUGUAGAGAGCGACCUGGCUGUCCUUACUGACACCGUAAAGGAGCUGCUGGGGAGGAUGGAGCAGCAGCAGCAGAUGCUGCAGCAGCAGCACUUGCUGCUGGAGGAGUCACGGCUGCAGCAGCAGCAGCAGCAGCUGCUGCAAGAGUCCCGCAUGCAACAGCAGCAGCAGCAGCAGCAGCAGCAGCAGCUGGGCGACAGCACUGCAGCAGCAGCUUCAUCAGCCGUAGAAACGGUUCUGCAGCGGCGCUGCAAGGAGCAGCAGCAGCAGCUGCUGCUGCUGCAGCAGCAACUGCGACAAGCAGACGAUGAGAUCGUGCUGCUGCGGCAGCAGCAGCAGCAGCAAAUCCUAGGCCAGAGCGCUUUAGGGGAGCAGCAGCAGCAGCAGCUGCUGCUGCUGCAGCAGCUGCAGACAGAAGCAGCAAACCUGCGGAGACAGCUGGGACGCGAGCAGCAGCUAAAAGCAGCAGCAGCAGCAGAAUCUACGGGGCUGCGGGAGCAGCUGCAUGCGCUGCGGCGACGGCAGCAGCAGCAGCAAGCAGCAGCACUGGAGCAGCAGGAUGCCCUUGCUGCAGCAAAUGCAAGAGAACGACAGACACAGCUGCUGCUGCAGCAGGAGCAGCAGCAGCGGCAGCAGCUCGAGCUGCUGCUAAAGAAUAUUGAGAGCAGCGGAGAAGCAGAGAGGCUCACGCUGCAGCAGCAGCUGCAGCUGCUGGAUGGUCGUUGCCAGGUGCUGCAGCAGGAAGCUGCGCUGCAGCAGCAGCAGGUUGCUGCUGCACAGGAGCAGCAGCAGCAACAGCAGCAGCAGCAGCAAGAGCAGCAGCAGCUGCUUCAACAGUACAAAGACACUGCAACAGAAGCACUGCGACGCACAGAGCUGCUGCAGCAGGAGCUGCAGCUGCUGCAGCAGGAGCAGCAGCUGCUGCUGCAGCGAGCGGAAGCAGCAGAAUCUGCUCGUGAUGCAGCAGUGCAGCAGCAGGUUGCUGCUGCUACAGACGCUCAAAUGAAGCAGCAGCAGCUGCAGCAAGAAGCGCAGCAGCAGCAGCAGCAGCAGCAGCAGCAAAUUGCUUCCUUGACCGAGGCCCUGCAUGCAGCAGAAUAUGCAGCUGAGCAUGCGAACGACUCUCUUGCUGCAGCGCAGCAGCAGCUGCAGCAGCAGCAGCAGUUGCUGCAGCAGCAGCAGAUGCUGACAUCUGACGGGGUUACGGUGUCUCCGCAGCAGCAGCGGCGACGGCAGCAGCAGCAGCAGCAGCAACUGGCGAGGCUGCAAGAGCUGCUGCAGCAAUCAAACGAAACAAAACAGAAGCAGAUGGAGACAGUGCUGCAGCAGCAGCGGGAGCUGCUGCAGCUGCAGCAGCAGCUUCGGGUGUCUACGCAGCAGCAAGAAGUGCAUGCAGCAAACGAGGAGAGACUUGCUGCAGCAUGUGAGGCUGCUUAUGCGCAGCAGAAGCAGCAGCAGCAGCAGCUGCAGCAGCUGCAGCAGACAUGCAUGCAGCUGCAGCAGCAACUCAGCAGCGCAGCAAGAGAAGAACCACUUGCUGCUAGCCAGAGAGCAGCACUGCAGCAGGAGGUAUCGGUGCUGCGGGAGUCGCUGCGGCAGCUGCAGCAGCAGCUGCAUGCGAGCGAGCUGCAGCGGGGAUCUCUGCAACAGCAGCAGCAGCAGCAGCAGCAGCAACAGCAGCAGCCAAAUACUGUGCUGCUGCAGCAACGCUGCAACGACUACCGCAUGCAGCUGCAGGUGACGCAGCAGCAGCUGCAGCGGGCGUGGCAGGAGAGCAGCGAGCUGCGGCAGCAGCUGCAGCAGCAGCAAGAUGCAGCAGUGCAGCAGCAGCUGCUGCAUCAGUCUCGACAUGCACAGAGGAAGGAGCAGCAGCUGCUGCAGCAGCAGCUGCUGCAGCAGCUCAGGGAGGAGACAGAAGUGCUGCGGCUGCGGUUGAGAGAUAUAGAAGCGCAGCACGAUGAGCAGCAGCUAAGUCUUGCUGCAGCAGAGCAGCAGAAGGACCUGCUGCAGGGGCGUCUGCUGCAGCAGCAGCUCGAGCAGGACCAGCAGCAGCAGCAGCUGCAGCAGGCUGAGCUUCUCAUGCAGCAGCACCAAGCAGCAAAAGAGGCAGCAGAAGCAGAGUAUGAGCGGCUGCUGUCCCGGUGCAAGGCGCUGCAGCAGGAGCAGCAGCAGCAGCAGCAGCAGCUGCAGCAGCAGCAGCAGCUGCUGCAGCAGACACAAGAAGAAGCCAGGGCUGCCAGUGAGCGCUACCAGUCGCUAGAAACGGAGCUUGCUGCAGCUGAGAGGCAGAGCAGCGAGAGCAGCAACGUGCUGCAGCAGCAGCUGCAGCAGCAGCAGCAGCAACUGCAGCAGCAGAGAGAAGCUACACUAGAGCUGCAGCAGAAGUGUCUCGAGCUGCAGCAGCAGCUGCAAAGAAAAACAGAAGCAGAGCAGUACCACCGCCAAACGCUGCAGCAGCUGCAGCAGCAGCAGCAGCAGCAACGGCAGCUGCUGCGGCAGACGCGUGCAGGUGUAGAGGAGGAGCUGCAGCAGCAGCAAAGAGCAGCAACACGACUGCAGCAGGAGCUGCAGCAGCAGCAGCUGCUGCUGCGAGAGGCGCAGCAAAAGGAUGGCGCUAUGGCAGCUGAAGUUGCGGGGCUGCAGCAGCUGCUGCAGCAAGCGGCGCAGAGAGAGCAGCAGCAGCAGCAGCAGCAGGAGCAGCAGCAGCAGCAUAUUGAACAGCUACAGGCUGAGCUGCUGCAGCGACACAAAGACAUUGUUGCAGCACAAGGGCAGGUGCAGCAGCUGAGUGAGAAGCUAGCAGCAGCGCAGCAGCAAGGAGCAUCGAGAGAGCAGCAGCAGCAGCAGGAGCUGCAGCGGCAGCAGCAGCAGCAGCAGCUGCAGCAGCAGGAGCUGCACAAGUUGAGAGUAGUAGAGCAGCAGCACGCAAAGACACAAGAAGAGCUUGCUGCUGCUGUUGAGGCCCUGCAUGCAACUCAAAGGCGGGAGCUGCAGCAGCAGCAGCUGCUGCAGCAGCUGCAGCAGCAGCUGGAGAGCGUUGAUAUGUCUGAGAGAGCCCUCGGCGAGUCGCGUGACCAGUGGUCCACUCGCUGUGCUGCACUGACAGCAGAGCUGCAGGCAGCAGCAAACGAGCUGCAGCAGGCUCGUGCUGCUGCUGCAGAGACGCAGCAGAAGCUGCAGCAGGUGCAGCAGCAGCAUGAAGCCAUGCUGCUGCUGCAGCAGCAAGCAACAGAAACAGAGCAGCAGCACGUGCUGCGCCUCAAUGAGGAGCAGCAGCGCAUGCAGACAGAGCUUGAUGGGGUGUAUAGUCAGCUGCUGCAGCAGCAGCAGCGCAGCAAGGAGCUAGAGCUGCUGCUGCUGCAGGCCGAGACAAGGCAUAAAGAAGCUCAGCAGCAGCAGCAGCAGCAGCAGCAGCAGGCCGACGAGCUGCUGCAGCAGCUACACGAAGCAGAGAGGCUGCUGCAGCAGGAGCAGCAAUCCUUAAAGGAUGCGCAGCAGCAGCAGCAGCAGCUCGAAGAACGUCUUGCUGCUGCUGCUGAUGAGGAGCAGCUAUUCCGCUCUCUGCAGCAGCAGCAGCAGCGGGAUCACGAGGCUCUAACACAGCAGCAGCAGCAGCAGCUGCUGCAGCUGCAGCAGCAGCUUGCUGCUGCCAGAGCAACGGCGCAGCAAACACGACAGAUGCAGGUAGAAGACCGCGAGCAGCAGCAGCAGCAGCAGCAGCAGCAACAGCAGCGUAGCUGGCAGCAAGAGCAGCAGCGGCUUAUAUCUCAGGUGCAGCAGCUGCAGCAGCAGCUGCAGCACGAAAAGACUAUGCGACAGCAGCAGCAGCAGCAGCUAGCUGAGCUGCAGGGGGCUGCUAGCAGCAACGAGGGAGAAGCUGCUGCUGCACUGGAGCGAGCAGAGCGGCAGCAGCAGCUGCUGAAGCAGCAGCUGCAGCAGCUGCAGCAGGAAGCAGCAAAACGCAUGCAGCAGCUGCAGCAGACAACACAAGAGAGAACGCUGCUGCAGCACGCAGCAGCAGACUUGGAGACGCAGCUAGCGGAGCAGCUAGCAGCAGCUGAGCAGCAGCAGCAGCGUGCUGCAGCACAGCAGCAAGAAAUGCAUGCGCUGCAGAUGAAAGUGCAGCAGCAGCAGCAAACUGCAGCAGCACUGCAGCAGCUGCAGCAGCAGCACGAGAGAACCCUGAAGGAGCUCAAGGAGGCGCAGCAAGAGCUGCAGCAGCAGAAGCAGCUGCUCAACCGUCAGGAGAUCCAGCUGCAGCAGCAGCAGCAGCAACAGCAGCAGCAGCAGCAACAACUGCAGCAGCAGCAAGGAUCGCUGCAGCAGCAACUGCAUGCAGCAGAGAACGCCCUUGUAGGGAACGCAGAAGAAGCAGCAGCAGCUCGAGACAAGCUGCAGCAGGCGCAGCAGCAGCUGCGUCAGCUGCAGCAGCAGCAGGAGCAGCAGCAGCAGCAGCAUCAGCAGCAGCUGCUGCAUAUGAAGCAGCAGCACAAAGACAUGCAGCAGCAGCACAGCCGCUCGCAGCAAGAGAAUGCAGCACUAAGAAGACAGCACGAGCUGCUGCAGCAGCAGCUCGAAGGGGAGAAGCAGAAGGUUAUUUUGCUGCAGCAGCAGCUGCAGCAGCAGCAGCAGCAGCUGCUGCAGAGCAGCAAGGGUGAUGCUGCUGCUUUAGAGCUGCAGCAGCUACGCCAAGAAACACAGGAGCUGCAGCUGCAGCAGCUAGCAGCAAACAGCAAGAUACUGAGCCUGCAGCAGCAGCUGCAGCAGAGAGGCAUUGAGCUCGAAGACACGCUGCAGCAGCUGAAGCAGCAGGCGGAGGAGACAGAGCAGCAGCUGCUUGCUGUUGGUGAUCUGACAGCACAGCUGCAGCAGGCGCAGCAGCAGCAGGAGUUGCUGCAGCAGCAGCUGCAGCAGGAGCAGCAGCAAGCACAGGAUAUGCGGCGACGUUUGCUGCUGCAGCAAGCAGCAGGAGAUAGAGCUGAGCUGCUGUCUGUUGAGGAGCAGCAGCAGCUGCAGCAGCAGCUAGCAGCAGCAGAAGAAAGGAUAGUGCUGCUGCAGCAGCAACUGCAGCAGCAGCGGGAGCAGCAUGCAGCAGCAAUGGCAGCAACACUAGAAGGCCGCGUGCUGCAGCAGCAGCUGCAGCAGCUCGAAGACAAAGCACUGCAGCACAAGACAGAGGCGCAGCAGCUGCAGCAGGAAAUAUAUAAACAGGCAGAACGCAUGCGCACCCUCAGCAACGAGAAGCAGCUGCUGCUGCUACAAAAGGAGAAAGCUGAGGUACACCAGCAGCAGCAGCAGCAGCAGCAGCAGCAGUAG